ACAAUAUGCUGUCUCUGACAUCUUUAUCCCUGCUCAUCUCAACUGUCUUAGCACAGUCCACGUUCUCACCUACCAGACCGCCAGCCUUACCUCUUGCUGUCUCUAACCCCUAUCUCAACACCUGGCAGCAAGCCGGAAGCGAUGGAGGUAACGGUGGAUACCUUGCGGGUCAAUGGCCAAAAUUCUGGGCGGGUCAAGUGACCGGUUGGACAGGUCUCAUCAAGGUCGAUGGAGGUGCUGCAGUGACCUGGAUGGGUGCACCAGGUGGACUUGUUCUUGCUACUCAGAACAGCUUCGAGUACACUUCCACGAAAUCAGUAUUCUCCCUCUCAGUUGACGGUAAGAUUGGACUAAAUGUGACCUUCCUUUCGCCGGUCGAGUCUACAGACUUACGACGUCAAUCAAUUCCGGCAUCAUACAUGAAUGUCGAGGUCUUCUCCAUUGAUGGUACUGAGCACGAAGUCCAGCUGUACUCCGAUGUGUCUGCAGAAUGGGCUUCUGGAGACAGGUCUGCCGUGGCAGAAUGGGACUUUGGCACUAUCAAGACGACUCCUACCAAACGCCAGUACCCUGCGACAAAUCUAUCCACUAUGCAAACAGUGACAGUACCUUCAUCUUCGCCGGCCACUAGCGCUCCAAGUGCUGUUUCAGAAAAUGAUGUAACUUAUCAUCGCUUCUACCGCCAGGAUCAGCAAGUCUUCGUCGAGAACUCCGAUCAAGCCAGUUGGGGAAACUGGAUUUAUGCUUGUGAUCACGCUGGACUGACAUACUCAAAUGGUGGCGUUGACACCGAUGUGCGAGGGGCAUUCAUCACCAACGGGGUGCUCGACAAUGAAUUGAACACCAACUACAGAGCCAUCAGCAAUCAAUGGCCGGUCUUCGCCUUCGCUCUUGAUCUCGGAUCUGUUGGAAGUACUUCAAAGUCAGCCUUGUUCACCCUGACGCUCUCGCAAGAGCAAGCUAUUCAAUUCGAGUAUGACACCAAUAAGGUCCAGCAAUUACCUCCACUUUGGACCAGCUACUUCUCUAGCGAGCUUGAUGUGGUAUCAUUCUUCUACAAUGACUGGGCCAACGCUCAGACUAGUGCUAGUAGUAUCGAUACAAGGGUCGCCACCGAUUCUCUUGCAAACGCAGGGCAGGAAUAUCUUACCGUCACUAGUCUCGCCGUUCGUCAAGUCUUUGCGACCACUCAGCUUGCCGGUUCGCAAGACUCGUACCACCUGUUCAUGAAGGAGAUCAGUAGCAAUGGUGAUAUGCAGACUGUGGAUGUCAUCUUCCCUGCGUUUCCACUCUUCAUGUACUUCAACCCCGACCUUGGUCGCUUGCUGCUUGAACCACUGUUUAUCAACCAGGAAGCAGGUAAUUGGCCUGAAGCUUACGCUAUCCAUGACCUCGGCGUCUUCCCUAACGCAACUGGUCAUAAUGAUGGCAACGCUGAGAACCAACCACUUGAAGAGUGUGGCAACAUGAUCAUCAUGGCUCUUGCUGUGGCUCAGAAGAUCACUGGCGGUACUGACUAUCUCAAGCAACACUACCAUAUCCUCAAGCAAUGGAAUGACUACCUCAUCAUCGACUCUUUGAUUCCUUCCAACCAGAUCUCGACCGACGACUUCGCAGGCUCGUUAGCUAAUCAAACGAACUUGGCGUUAAAGGGCAUAAUCGGUAUUGAGGCCAUGGCUGUCAUUGCAAACCUUACUGGUCAGACCAAGGACGCUGAGAACUUCACCAACAUAGCUCAUGACUUCAUUACCAAGUGGCAAGACUUGGGAAUCGCUAGGGGUACGAACGGGUCUCUCUCACACACUACACUUGCGUAUGGCGAAUUAGAGAGUCACGGGCUACUCUACAACUUAUACGCCGACGCCUGGGUGGGCACCAACAUUGUACCUCGCAGCGUGUACAAGAUGCAAUCAUCCUUUUACCCAACCAUCGCAAUGCAGUAUGGCGUUCCUCUAGAUACCCGCCACAGCUACACCAAACUUGACUGGGAGAUGUUUGUCGCUGCUGUCGCCUCUCCUUCCACGAAAGAGCUCUUCAUCUCGAAGAUCGCAAACUGGAUCGGCAAGACUAGCACUAAUAGACCGUUCACUGAUCUCUACGAGACUGAUAGUGGUGAUUAUCCUGGCGGUCUCAAUUUCGCUGCCAGACCGGUGCUUGGAGGUGUCUUUGCUCCUCUGUUGGUGGGACAAGGGCCUCUCGGAGGUGGAAGCUAAAAUGUCACAGAAGACAAAGUAUCGAGGAUCAGCCAGAGUGAAGAGAAAAGGAGUCAGUAGUAUUAUUUAGAGACGAUCUAUGAAUGCAUAUGCCUCUC